AUGGCAUUGAGCAAACAACAGACUACCAUUCGAAGAUGUGAUUCAAUAAAAUCCACUAUUUCCUUGUGGGAUAAAUUGCCGGAAGUCAAUUCUGUUCCUAUCGAUAUUGCCAAUGAUGAUGAUUUUCUUGAUGAAGAUGAUCUUACAGAGAAUGACACUGAAGAUGAAUUUGAAACUCCAAAUGAUGUUAGUAAUUUACCAACAUCUUUACACGAAGCUUUUACAUCAAGCUUAACUCUUGAAAAUUUACAACGCAAUACUCUAUUGUGGGUUUUUGAAGAGUAUGAUCAGAUUAAAUUAAUUGUAGACGAGCUACAUGCCGAAGAUGUUAAGACUGAGCUUCAAAAACGUUUAUCAAGUCAAGGCAUUCGAUGGAUGAAAAAUGACGACGAGCGGAUUCGUUCAUGGCAUUUUGGUCUAUCAUUCAUACGCUUUCAAAUUGAACGUGCACAUCCGAUUGACAUAAUGAGAUUUACCCCGAUCUUAUCUUUUCCUUUUUGGCUCAGAUUCAAAAAUAGCAUGCAGCGACAACGGUAUAUAAAAUCAAAUUCUGAACGCAUUAAACCGAUUCGAUAUGGAUAUUCGCCACCCUAUCGUGUUUCUCUUCGUUAUGGUGCACUUACUAAACUCAAUGAAUUUCGCUAUUCGCUUGAACAUUCAUGGUCAAAUCAACCAGAAAGUAGAUGGUCACUCUUUAUCAAAAACGAUUAUUUUGGUGGAUCCAUUGAAUGGGUGAUGGAAGAAGCUCGAAAACGAAAAAAGAAACAACUAUUAGCGAUUAAUAUUGAUCGUACCGUCAUUAUUCAUCUUUUACCAGAUGGAUUUGCAAUGUAUAUUUGUCAGACGUGUAAUAUGAAUGAAUUCAAUGCAAAAAGAAAAUCAAAUCAUGGCGUAAGAAUACAGCAUCCCUCGCCGAAUUUUCCUGGUCGCUCGCCUUUGAUACGCCCGAUAUUUAAAGAUAAGCAACAAUCACAAAGGCCUUCUUACGAAAAAGAUAAACGUUCUAGUACUCGUAAUGGGAUCUACUUUCCGACUGUUCAAUUUGAACUUCGUAUCGAUCCAAAUCAUAUAGCGAAUGAAAAGGCUCAAAAUACGAUUCAACACACAUAUAAGUUGUUGACCAAUUUUUUUACUUCACACAAUAUCAUCAUUUGUCAUGGUGCGCUUGAUUCACGUCAAGGUCUACAAGUCAAUUUAUUUCCUACUCUAAAAUUACCUACUCUCAUCAUGCAAUAUUCAUGGCAAAUGCUUAUGAAUAUUGGUUAUCGUUUACAAGUUCAAAUCGAUCAACAAUUCUGUAAUGGUCUAUAUGCAUUAAGUAGAGAAGAACGAAAUGCUGAUGACCUAUUUUAUCGUGUAUGUGUUUAUCUUUCUCGUCUAUUUACACUUGAACCCUUCGUCAAUUUGUCGGAAAAAUUACAUGAUGCUAUAAUAGAAUCAAAACGUAAACGAGAAGAUUGUACUUUUGGAUUGAUCAGUAGUUUGAAUACACAAGUCAACACAGAAACAUAUGUACCAUCAGUAACAUUGACACCGACAACCAUUCGAAUCAAACCACUUAAAUUGUGUCGAACGAAUCGAGUUCUUCGAGCUGUACAAGAAUUUGGUAAAGCAUUGGGACAUUUUGCACUUGUCGAAAUUCGUGAUGAAAAUGGUAAACCAUUACAAUCGUUUCAUUUUCGUGACUUACGUCAUCUUUUUCUUGAUUAUUUGCAAAACGGCUUUACUCUCAUGGAUAAUAAUCGAUAUUAUCGAUACUUACAUCACUCACAAUCACAAUUACGUGCCAAUCAAUUUUGGUUUUAUCAUCACGAGCCAGGCAUAAAUCUUUCAUUUAACAAAGCUUAUAACUGGAUGGGAAUGUUCGAUAAAGAACGAAACAUAGCAAAAUAUGCUUCUCGUGUAGCUCUAUGCUUUUCAACAACCACUCCUACUAUUAAUAUAGAUGAGAAAAAUGUUCACUACAUCGCUGAUAUCAAGACAAAAGAUGGAAAAUUAGCAUUCACAGAUGGAUGUGGUACGAUGUCAGAACAAUUAAGAGAUGAUAUUCAAAAAAAGUUUGGCAAGCGAUCCUUCAGUGCUGUUCAGUUUCGAUAUGCAGGCGCUAAAGGUGUUGUUAGUGUCGAUCCUCGACUAGGAUCAGGUCAUCAUCUAUGUAUUCGUGAUAGUAUGAAUAAAUUCAAGAGUGAACAUCGAUGCUUCGAAGUAUGUAGAAUUUCUGCACCUCGAUCACUGUAUCUCAAUCGACAAGCUAUUAUUCUUCUAUCUUAUCGACAAAUAUCCGAUGUUGCCUUUCUUAUUCUUCAACAACGUAAUCAUUUGAAGCUUAUUCGAGCUUUAUUAAGAAAUAGUGAUGCUAGAAAUUUUCUUGAUGAAAAAUUACCAUAUUGGUUUUUACCAUAUGGUGCAAAGAUUGAUUUUGUUCGUGAACCAUUCUUUCGACAACUACUUAUAGUUGCAUGUCUUAUUUCAAUAAAAGAAUUACUUCGACGAACACGUAUUCGUGUUUCACCUAAUAAAGCUCGAAAUAUGUUUGGUAUUAUAGAUGAGUACAACGUAUUAAAACCGGAUGAAGUUUUUAUUCAAUACACUCUACUUAAUGAUCAUGAAGACAAAGAUGGCAAUAGCAAACGUCAAAAUACACAAAUUCUUGACAAUUGUAAGGUUGUUGUUACAAAAAAUCCUUGUCAUCAUCCAGGCGAUAUUCGAACAUUUACUGCUGUCAAUCAUGAAGCGUUAAAACAUCUCAAAGAUGUCAUUGUCUUUUCUCAGCAAGGUGAUUGUCCAGCAUCACAUCAAAUCAGUGGAUCUGAUCUUGAUGGUGAUGAAUAUGCAGUAAUAUGGCAUCAAGAUCUUGUUCCACUUCAAACUCCCAAUGCCGUACCAUAUAACUAUGAUUCACAACCACCACCGCCAGAACUCAAUCGACCUGUGAAUCGAAACGAUGUAAAUCAUGUUGUACUGCAAAUAGCUGAGAGUGAUUAUUUAGGACGAUUAUCUAAUUUACAUUUGGCAUAUGCCGAUCAUUAUGGAGUUGAUAGUAACGAACGACCCGCCAAAGAUGUUAGAUCGACAAUCGAACUAGCUGGAGCAAUUAGUCAAGAAGUUGAUAGUGGAAAAACUGGACAACAUCCAUUGGAUGACAAUCAAAUAAUGGAACAAAAAAAAGCAUUGGGGAAUACUCGACCAGACUUCAUGGAAAAUGCCAAUAUGAAAUCGUAUCCAUCAAAAAAAAUCCUUGGAAAACUCUAUCGUUCAUCACGUCAAAUGUUGCCUGGAUGGAAUCGACUUCUUCAACAACAUCGUCAUUUACGUCAUUUGCAAGUUCGAACUCCUGAAGACGAUAAAAUAGACGAUGAAGAAGAACAAGAGCAAACAGCAGAUGCUUAUAAUAGUCAAAAAAACAUAAUUUUACUAGAUUCUUCUCUUCUUAAUAUAAAUCCAUCAUGGCAAGAUCAAGAAAUAUCAGCAAUUGCAUCUCAAUUAUUUUAUGUCUAUCGGCAAGAAUUGCUUGAAAUUCUUAAUUUAUAUGGACUUUCACAUGAAAGUGAUCUAUGGUGUCGAAAUUCAACGAACACUACUGGUGGAGAACUUGAAGAUACAGCGUAUACACAACUCGAACAACUUGUUGUACGUACUCGUGAUGCUUUCUUCUUACGUUUAAUAUCUUUCUGUCCGCGCAAUCAAAAUACAUGUAAUGGAACUACAGCUUUCGAAAAUUUAUGUCAGAAUUGUCAAAAAUUACACAAUGCCGUAGCUGUAGCAUUGUAUAGAGAAUGUUACAGUGGACAAAAUGGAUCGGAACGAGCACCAAUUUUAAGUUUACCAUGGCUAUUUACGACAGCACUUCUACAGAAACGUCAAAGAGAAUUAUCAUCAACACAAGGUUUGCUUAGUAUGGUAAUGACAGCUGCAAUCAACGAUUUGGUCACUCAUCAUUUAUUACAAUUAGGAGGACUGACAGUGACACUUCGCAAAUCGAACAAUCAUCGAAUGAAAGUAAAUGUACAUUGGACAGUUUGUGUCUUUGUCGAAAUACUUCAUUAUUGUCUUAAAUCAAAAUCUUUUACUUCAUGGCCGAUGAUACUUGGUCGAUUCAUAUGUAAAACAGCGUCAUUGCAAGAGCGCGAUGCAAUUGAUGAAUGGUCAUUGGUUUUUGACAGUGCAGAACAGGAUGAUUUAUAUGCUGCCACGGUCAUAUCGAUGGAAUGGACUGAGAAUGACGAUGAAUUAAUGCAUUCGUAUUUUAUUGAAUUGCUCGAAAUUUGCUUUAAUCUUAGUCAAACCAUGACUGAUGAUAAUAAUGAGUAUCUUCAAAUAAGCGAAAAAAUCAUUCUAAUAUUUCAACAAGUGGCGAUUGACGGAACUCCAUGGCCAGAAAAUCGGAAAUAA